GACUCGUUCUCUCUUUCGUUCCUGGAGUUCCUCUUCCGACUGACCGCUCUUUAUUGUCUGUCUGGCUGACAAGCGUUACCAACUAUCCGUCUAUCCUUUCCGCCACUGCAGCCCAGCCCUUUCCCCGUCCCCUAACCCUAAGUCCCCCGGCCCCUUCGAUCCGCGCUUACCAUGGGGUCCGAGCUUGGAAUCACGGCCGACCAGAAGCCGCAGGCCGUCUACAGUCCCGUCGCCAUCUGGUGGGUGGUCUGGGGCUGUUUCUGGACUGCGGUCGUCGCCUCGGGCAUGGCCUUCCUUAUCAUCCGCCGCGACUCGCCCAUUGUGCGUGUCCGCAGUCUCACUCUCUCACUCGGGGGGGUCGCGUUCCUGCACAUCUACUACUGGUCGGUGCAGUUCGGCGUCAUGAUCGGACCGCUGAUGCCGGGCGACUCCCAGUACUGGAUCAUGGGCACCUGGUUGCCCUGCGGUCUGGCCCUGUUCCACGGAGCGAACAGCUACUUCUUGCAUAUUGCGAAGAUGCAGAAGAAGUACGUCAAGUACAGCUUCUUGACCGACUCAACGCCCGACGCCAAGCGCCAGCCCUCAGGCCUGCUCAGCCGAUUCCGCCGUCUCGACUACUCAGCGCGCGUUGUUAUCCUGGUGGCCAUCGCCAUGUUUGUCCAGGUCUUUCUUACGAUCCUGAUGUGGGUCAUCUCGCGCAAGUUCCACAGCUCCUGGGGCGCUCCUGGCACCGAGGUGCACGGCCCCCCGAUGCAGCAGCUCGUCGAGCAAGGCCGCGGCUGGGAGUGGUGGCCUGGUGUUUUCUGGCAGUUCUUCUGGUCCUGGGUGGUCGCGCCUAUCGUGCUGUGGCGCUCGCGUCACAUUCACGACACCCAGGGCUGGCGCACCCAGACAAUCGGCUGCGCGCUUUCUGGUCUGCACGCGACUCCUAUGUGGCUCAUCGCUCUUUACGUUCCUGCUAUGGAGAAGGUCAACGCUUACUGGAUUCCUCCUCAGUGGAUCUGCGUUUCCAUUAUGUUCCUCGAAAUCUUCACCGUCCUACUCCCUUGUUGGGAGGUCAUGCGUCACCAGUCCCUGCACAAGGACACCCUCGAGGCGAUCAAGCAGUGGGAGAUCCGCACCAAAGGCGCCAACUCGGACAGCAAGUCGCUCGGUUCGACGGCCACAAUGGUUGACUCGAUGAUGUCCGGCUGGAAAUCCAACAACGAGUCCGUCAUCAGCGACAGCAGCGCCCGCGAGAGCAUCCUUAACAUGAGCGCCCUCGAGUACGUCCUCGAACGCAACCCGACGCCCCUGCAGCGCUUCUCCGCCCUAAACGACUUUUCCGGCGAGAACGUCGCGUUCCUCACAAGCAUCGCCGAGUGGAAGACCCUUCUGCCCAAGGCGCUGUGCGAGGGCGACGAGGCGGCCGACGACAUGACGAAAGAGAUGGUCCGCGAAGCCUUCAACCGGGCCUUGUACAUCUACGCCGAGUUCAUCAGCACCCGCCACGCCGAAUUUCCCGUCAACAUUUCUUCCCAAGAUCUCAAGAAGCUGGAUAACAUCUUCGAAACGCCCGCUCGCAUCCUAUACGGAGACGAAAAGGCCGAGGUUGAUCCUGCCACUCCCUUUAACAACCCCGGCAUGCCGUCGCCUACCAACUCCAACUUCUCCGAAUCCUCAGUCGCCGCCAUCAAGAAUCGCGCUCAGUACAUGGGCGAGAUCCCCAAGGGCUUCACUGCAGGCGUGUUCGACGACGCCGAGAACAGCAUCAAGUAUCUCGUGCUCACUAACACAUGGCCGAAGUUCGUUAAACGCCAGAGGCGGAUAUCCACCGAAUCGACCGAGACGCUGAACGCAGGCAACACCGCCGAGUUUGUGUAAAGGGAGAUGGGAUACGAGGACGACCUCGCCUUGCCUUUUUCUUUUCAUUCUUCACUUCUCGAGGAAAAGGAAAAAUAAGGCCUUUUGAGGCAUGUGAAACAAGCAUUACUUGGAUGAAUCUGGAUCGGACUUGACUGCACUUCUUGUAUAUAAUUCUCACGUACUAA